CAAACGACGGGAUCAUUUACCAAACUCACGGGUCUUGGGAAACUAUAAAAUUCCCAUCUAAAGAAUCAUAAAAAGGAUUAGAUUAAGUUCUUGUUUACAUCUCAAAAUACCUGUUACCAUACAUACAAGUAAAGGACUGCGUACUGCGCCUCGCGCCCUCAUGACAAUCUAAAGAUGCCAGGGAGACGGCAGCCACAAGGAUCGAGAUCAUCAGACCUAUCACACGAACACAAUAGGGCAGUAGGAUCAGCAGUGAUGUCAUACACCGCAGCCUCCGUCUACUCCAAACACCCAGCCGUGCUACGGAAGCCGUUUUAUAAACACGACGGCGCCGGCACUUGAUGUUAGCUAGAUCUCGCGCGGGAAGACUAAAGUAAUGUAACAUUGAUUGCCGUUGCCUCUAAGGAGAAUAUAACCAUUUAUCGCAAGCGUCAAACAUCGCAGCUUGAGCGAUACCCCUAAGCGAUUUACAGAGCGAGAUAUAGCGAUUAUUGAGAAGUAAGACUCACCAAAAGAGCAAGGAAUUUAUUCUUCAUUUUACACCGUAAUAUAUCGAUAAAGAACCCCUAAUAACGCCCCUCCGAAACCAUGGGCCACCCAUUCCACCCCGACGACUUCCCCCUCAACACCGACGUCGUGCUGCAGCCGACACGCAUCUUCUACCUAAAGGGCUGCAUCCACUUCAAAACAACAGCCCAAAUCACCGAGCUCUCAGGACGGGUACAGUCUCCCUUCAUCGGGGAUUUCAGCCACGCCUUCCUCGACGAAGCCGAGCAAGUAGCGCAAAAGCUAUCCUCGUCCUCCUCGCCACCAACAUACGAGAUCAAAUCAAGCGGGAACAUGAUGCGAACACUGAAAACAAUCACGGACGGUUCGUCAGGGGAGCGCAUAUGCGAUCUCAACAUCACAUUCGUAUCCUUCGACUCCAGCACGGUGCGGUUCCCAAAAGACAGCGCGCACUCGCGACACCAAAUCGAGUUGUGUCCUGUCGGCGGGCGCUCCGCCGGCGAGGACAGCAAGCACGAGGCCUUUGUCAAGAACAGCAUCCCGUAUUUCUGGGACAUGACCCGCGGGCGCGUCGGCAUUCUGUACAAGUGCCUUAACCAGAAGCGCGUCGAGAUCGGCCGCGUCGCCGGGUACGGGUUUGAUAAAGAUGCCGUGCUUGUGCUUAAUGGGAACGAGCUGGAUGAUGUUGUGGCGAUUUCGACUUGUAUUAUUUUGCUUAAUGGGAGGGAUGCUAUGGAUGCUUAGAGCGGGGGGUGUUAUGGGACGAGAUGAGGUGAAAUGAUUGAUGAAUAGGUAGCGAUGAUGAUUCUGCACUCAGGGAAGAGAUUCGAGGGUUGUUUAAUUUGCUUGGUUGU